AGACAAGACAUUUUUGUAGAGGCAAGCGAAGCAGUGUGUUGGGAAGUUCCUCUCUCGGAUCAGAGAGAGUAUGGGCGGUGCUUUCUCUAAGAAGAAAAAAGCGGCACAGCAACAAAUGGAUCGCCAGAAUCGUCGUUUGUCUGUGACUGGCCUGCCCAACAUAGGGUUUGAUAAGAACACAGAGGGUCAAAGCAAGGAGAAGGGAGCGACUUCGUCGUUGAGAUAUGCCUGUCUGUCCAAUGCUGGCUAUGAACCAGAUGGUAACAAAAAGACGAAUCAGGAUGCCUACGUUUCGAUCCCAGAGUUUGGCCAUCCUAGUGUUUCCCUCUUUGGAGUUUUUGAUGGCCAUGGAGCUGUUGGCCAUCUAGUAUCUGCGUAUGUCAAACGAAUGUGGCCCCUUGCGUUGGACAAGGAAACUUUAAAAGCUCAAUCAGUCCGAGCAGAUGGCAUUGAUAGCAGCGUUGUAAGCAAAAUGCUAGAGAAGAGUUUCAUCGAAGUGAACAAGUCAUUGGAAGUCGAACGGUCUAUUGAUUCCUCGCUAAGUGGCACGACUGCAGUGGGUGGUGUUGUGAUUGGAGCACCUGGAAAACGUAAGGUUGUAAUAGCGAACUCUGGUGAUUCUCGAGCAGUUAUUGCUACCAUGGAAGGCGGAAAACUGGUUGCCAAACCGCUUUCCGACGAUCAAAAACCGGACCGCGAGGACGAGAGAAGACGCAUUAUUGCGAGUGGGGGCAGGGUAGAACCUCUUUUUGAUGAAGAUGGAGAGCCCAUUGGGCCUGCGAGGGUGUGGCUUCCAAACAUGAUGUUACCGGGGUUGGCGAUGUCCCGUUCUCUUGGCGAUGAUAUUGCUGCAACUGUUGGAGUUUAUGCGAACCCGGAGGUCCUGGUCUACGACAUGAGUGAGGCUGACCAGUUCAUGGUGAUCGCUUCCGAUGGUGUGUGGGAAUUCUUGUCAAACGAGCAAGUCGUCGGGAUUGUUGAGAGCUGCAACGGUGAUGCAGAACGGGCAGCGCAGGAGAUAUGCGCCAAAUCCUAUCAGGAAUGGCGAGCUGAAGAAGAGGUUGUUGACGACAUCACGGCCAUAGUUGUGUUCUUCGAGCAAGCAUAACUCCGCUUUCGAUUUCUUCUCUUUCGUUGGUUUCUCUGCUUGCUCAGUAAUAAUAAUGAGCUUGGCAGCUUUUUUGACUUCAUUGCAAAAAUAAAAACUUCUGAUCUUA